AUGUCCGUCGCCAGCUGGACGCAGGGCGGGAACGCGGUCGUGCCCUUUCAUUGCAGUGACCUGUCGGACCUCCUGGACGGGGCCCGGACGGCUGCGGCUGCUUCCCGGCCGGCGCGGCGCGGCGCUGAGACUGAGCACCACCACCCAGCCGAUCUCUCCCGGAACCGCUUUGCCGAAGUGCCCGAGGAUGUCUGCCACCUGGUCUCCUUGGAAGGGCUGAGUUUGUACCACAACUGCCUGCGGAGCAUCCCACCGGCCAUCGCCAACCUGCAGUCCCUCACCUACCUGAACCUCAGCCGGAACCAGCUCACCUCCCUCCCGCCCUGCCUCUGCCGCCUCCCCCUCAAAGUCCUCGUCGCCAGCAACAACAAGCUGGCCUCACUGCCCGACGAGACGGGCUCGCUGAGCAACCUGCGCCAGCUGGACGUGAGCUGCAAUGAACUCCAGGCUCUGCCGGCCAGCAUGGGCCGGCUGGAGUCCCUGCGAGACCUGAACGUGCGGAGGAACCAGCUAAGUGCCCUGCCCGAAGAGCUGUCGGAGCUGCCCCUGGUCCGCCUGGAUUUCUCCUGCAACCGGGUCGCCCGCAUCCCCGUCUGCUACCGGCACCUCCGGCACCUGCAGACCAUCCUGCUGGACAAUAACCCCCUCCAGUCGCCGCCCGCGCAGAUCUGCCUGAAAGGCAAAAUCCACAUCUUCAAAUACCUCAACCUGGAAGCCUGCAGCAAAACGGGGCCUGACCUGGCCGACUUCACCCAGCCCACCCGGCCCACCGGCUUUGGCACCUGGUAAGGGAGCUUCACCGGG